GAUAAGCACAACUGGGGAACUUCAGCUGCCCUCCGGAGUGUUAUGUAACAGGCAGUUCUUCUCCAGACGGAAACUGCAAGCUUUCAACAUCUCUUCCGGCCUUGCCAACUACCUCAUCGUCACCACCGGGUCGCCAUUUAUCCUGAAGGAGGGGUUCCUGGUGAGUGCUGAAGGCCAGACGUUCCUGCAGGAGUCACAUGAGCAGCUCCUUCACCUACUACGUACCCAUAAUCUAACCUACACGCAGCUCAUUGACGCCAUAUCCUACAGCUGUGAGGAAGUAGUGUUACGGUGUGGGCUGGGAACAACCAGGACGAAUUCAACGGAGUGCUGCAAGGCGUUCAUCCCAAUGCCUACCAUGGCGGGCAAAUGCUACACCUACUACGCAGACGCCCACCACACCCAGGCUAUGGAGGGAGAGUAUCUGGGGUUCUCACUCUUCGUCAACAUUACCCAAGAUGAUUACCCAGAAAUUGACCCAAGGAUCCUGGACGUGUCACUUAUGUUAAAGACUGGGAUGCAGGUGACCUUCAUCAGCAACCACACCCACCCAUCCUUUGUCGCAGUGGGCCAAGGUGUUCCACUCCUCCCAAGGGUCUACACUGCUGUGGACGUCGCCCUCACUGUGGUGCGAGACACUGGCAUGAAGACAGUAUUUGACUGGUCAGAGACACACUGCACGCCAUCACUGAAGGUGAACUACCUCCUGGACAAAGAAUCCUUCCUCAACACUGAGCCAAACUGUGAUGUAGGGGCCACUCGCUACUGCUUCAGGCGGGUCUGCAACUGUUCAUCUUAUGGUCUAGAUAACUCAGAUGACAACUGGCCACUGUGUCCCCUGAAUGUCAACCAGCACUGUUAUGGGCUCAUGUUUACCUCUCUCAACAUGAGUUACCCAAUCACAUACAAGAUUCCCACAACUCAGGAGAGAUAUGCUAACAUGACUCAGUCUCAGGCUAACCAGUGCUGGCAGGAAGCAAAGCAAAGGUGUCGACGCAUGUGUGCUCGCUAUGACUACACAUAUCAGACCACUCACCUGCCGAUUAAGGAUUACCUCCGGGAAGACAUCAACAACGAGUUUGCUCUUGCUAACGGGAGUGACGUGGCGGUGUUGGUGGCCUUCUUCCCCAACCUUCGUUACACCGAGGUCAAGUGCUGGCGUUCAACCAUAGAUGAAUUUAUGAGUGAACUGGGAGGCUACACCGGUGUUUUCCUCGGCUGCUCGUUCAUCACGUUCAUUGAAAUCUUCGUCUUUCUGGGCAUCUUCAUCACUUUUUUUAUACGAGAAGUCCUGUCAAGACUGAAGACCAGCGUCAAACCCAGUCCCUCCAAGUCCCAGGCCUGUACUGAGUAAUUUCACCCAAGAGGUGUGGUUGCCUGAAGAGACUACGACUGCCAGAAACUACCAAUUACUUUACUUGUUUAGUCAUAUCAUUAGUGUUUAUGUGAAAUUAAAAUAUUUCUUAAUUAAGUCCAAAAUUUCAAGAGUGUUUUAUGAUAAAUAUUCCAAGGGAAAUGUAUACAGUAAAUGUAAGAGUAGUACUAACUCUGUCCUGAUGGACCCAUGUACUGUACUGUACUGUACUGUACUGUACUGUACUGUAUUACCCCAGCAAGUAAUGCUGGGGCGUACUUGCAUUGUGGUGAUGAGUAUGAGCUUGAGCAUAUGUUGGGGACCAUUUAAUAAAAAAUAGUUUUAUACUCAUUCAUCACUUUUGUGAAAAUCACUCUGUAAUUAUUUGAGUAU